UGUUUAAGAUAUCGGGUUGCAGUAUCUGAACUCUCGAAUGCAUGGGUUUCAGACCCUAACCCAAUAGAAUAGACUCAUUUGAUCGAGCAGGUGGUGUGCACACUUCAGACCCAUGAAACGCAACAAAUCAACAACGCUCUUCACAUUCGCUGAGAAAUGCAAGAAUGUAUUGGUAUCAAACUGGCAAGGUUCCCUCAAUACUAUCAAAGCAGAUGCCAAAGGAAGCAAAGGGAGUAUCCAUACAUCUAAGGUUAAGUACAUAGUUAGAAGGGGACAGCCAUACCUUUGGGUGCCAGAAAACGAUAUGCAUAAUGUGAACACAAUCAUUGAUGAGCGUGGUUCAUUUGCUGUGGCCAGCCCCUUUCCAGGUCCACUGGGCGCAAUAUUGAAAUCAUUGAAAAAGUUACCAGCACGGAUUGCUUUAUCUGGGGAUGUUCUUCCUCUUAAAGAAGAAAAGGCGAAGUCUCUUGAAGAAAAACUUCAGGAAGUCAUAGUAUCUGAGCAAAAAGCAAUCAAAGAGUUCAGUUAUACUGUUUCCGGAGUACUAAGUUCUAGUGUUAGCAGAACAUCUAGAAGUGAUAAUCUUCAGGGUCUAUUGGGAGACAAUGAAAGAUACACUGUAUAUAGGUUUAAAACAAGAUCCUGCACAUUUAUUGAUGUCCAUGGAGGCACUUUUGAUGUGGAUGUUCAAGAUUUGGAAACAUCCAAAGCCGAUCCCUUAGCACAAUUUUCUGCGAGGAUUAUUGAUGGAAUUAAUCAAAGUAAGGCGAGACGAACAGCACUCAUGCUUUUUUGUUUUGUUUACAAGGAUGUUAAUGCAAAGGAUGUAUAUGUAACGUCCAUUGAUCGCAAGGGUUUUGAUGUCCUGGCAAAAGUUACAAGUCCAGCUUUGAAGGACGGCAUUGGUGAUCACCAGUGGAAAGAAUUCAGGUUCAUGUUCAAGGACGAGGCAAAAGAUGUUGAAAUGUUCUUUAGUCAACUAGUGGAAAUGGAAGAGGAGGUCAUCAAUAAGGUUUCAGCCUCUAGUGGGCUAAACUAGAAUGAAAAUCCUUGGUUAGAUCUGCUUUCUUGUAUAAUUCUUUUGUCAGCUCUAGAUAUGGCAGUCACUUAGCCAGAGACAGCACAUCUUGACAUGGAUCAUUAGUUCUUUUAACCUCGUACUCUGUAUUGUUCUUCAUGAACUGGUAGUGUACAAGGCAUUCACUUAAGGUAUAGUGCAGUCUCAACUAUUAAAUUUACCUUUAGGCUCAUACAGGAUUUCGCUUUUUUAAUACUAUA